GCAUCCUCUUCAUUUUUAUCUUUGAAACUCAAAACCUCUACCGUCUACUCCAUUACAGGAGCAAUGGCAUUCUGCAACAAAGUUGGGAGUCUCGUCACGCGAUGUGUUUCUUCUAAUAAUGCAUUGCAUGCUCAAGUUCAAAUGCCCUCCAUGUUUGAUGUUGUACGCGGCAUGUCCACAAAACUUUUUGUUGGCGGCCUUUCAUAUGGUACUGAUGAGCAAUCCCUUAAGAACGCAUUCUCCAGUUAUGGAGAGGUUUUGGAAGCAAAAGUGAUUACAGACAGAGAUUCUGGGAGGUCUAGAGGGUUCGGCUUUGUGAAUUUCAGUGAUGCUAAAUCAGCGAACGAUGCGCUUUCGGAGAUGGAUGGAAAGCAAAUUGACGGGAGGAACAUUCGUGUCAAUCCGGCUCAGGAGAGGUCCGGUCGUGCCGGGUUUGGGUUCGGUCGUGACAGUAUGGAGUAAGCCAGGUUUGGAGGAUUGAUUGCAAUGUUUCUUGAUCACCCUAACUCUUCAAAUUCUCUCAACUGUCUUUGAGCAACUAUUUGUUCUGGAAAUGGUAGCAAAUUUUAUCAUAAUGCAUUAAUGCCUACAAUAGUGGCAGGUAAUACUCCCUCGGUUUUAAAAUAAACUUCCCCAUUUUAUUUUGGUAUUUUUUUAAAAUAAAAUUUUCAUUUUUUU